CGCGCUGCCGCUGCCGCUGCCCGGAGAAGGCGGCGGCGGCGCUGGAGCCUGCAGCAGCAGCAGCAGCAGCCCCUCUGCUCCCUCCUCCAUUGAGUGUGCCAAACAGCAGCUCUGCAUCCUAAAAAGGAUCAUUGAGGGGCUCAUUGCAUUCCCAGCACGUUUCAGGCUUGCUUCUUUUUUUUUUUUUUUUCCUCUCUCCUUUUUUUUUUUUUUUCUCUUUUUUUUUUUUUUUCCUUUUGCCUCAGCUUCAGCAGGAGUAGAGAGAGAGGGAGAGAGAGCCACAGAGAGGGAGAGGCAGAGACAAACCAGCAAUCUUUAAACUCGAGCUUUCUUUUUUUUCCCCCUUCCUUUCUUUUGCCUUUUCUUUUUUUUUUUUUUUUUUUUUUUUUUUUUUUGGUAACGAUGUGCUAAAAUCUCUCCUGCAAACCGCCCUUGCAGAAGAGAAAGAACUUAAGUGGCUAAUAUUUUGCAAAGGAGACGGAGAGAUUGAUACUGCAAUAUAGCUCUCGUCUCUCUCCCUUCUCCCCAAUUAGAUGCUGGUUUUAAUUGCAGAGGGUAUUUCUCUUGUCGUGCUUUCAACCAUCUCCUCUUUCCCACAGGGGAGGGUUUCAUUUGCAAGUUGAUCCUAAGGAUUUCUGUUCCUCUGGCAUUUCCCUCCCCUAAAUGCAUCCUUCUGCUCUUAAGUUUACGGAUGGGGGGCAAUUUUUUCUAGUUCUUACACGAGGAAGGCAAAAAGGACCUUUUUAUUGGGAGAUUGAGACUAAAAGCAAUGAUCGCUCCGAAUCAUUCUAAUGGGCAUUUCAGGGAUUCAAGGAAGGCUGCAUCACCACUGGUAUUAUCCCCAUCCUUAGCGUUUCCCUGUGCCCAUACAUUUAAAAUAUCUGGUGAAAGGAAGGGUGAGACCAUAUGUUGAAGGAGCUGCAUCUCAUUAGGGCAGCAUUAUUUUCAUCUGAUUGGAGAAGAAUGGUGUCUUCAUUCGGAAUCGUGUAUAGUAGGAUAGAGAAUUUAUCGGCUGGUAAGUGUCAAGGUAUUUUUUUUUUUCUUCCACUUUCAGCUUUUUAACCGGGUCUCCUGCUUGGUCCUGGGGGCACAAAAUGCCCUAAUCCAAGGCAGGCUGAGCGUUUCAAUCCUAGGUGCCUCUUCAGCUGUCACUUCCCUUUAGAUCUGCUGAUCGCAUGGGCAUGUGCUUUAGAAAGAUUAAUCAUCUCUAAAUGCUUUAAUCAGCUAAAAUGACUAAUAUGUGGUGUGUAUUUAUCUGAUAAUAUACCGGUUGCAUUAAUUCGCCGGGGCGCGUUUGCGAGGGGGAGAUUUCCUUCCCCACCAGGGUCGUUAAGCAUUUACUCUGGUGGAGAUGCUGUGGGGGUUUCUGAGGGGAGCCGUUCUGCCAGGCGCAGCUCGCACAUCCCCUGGAACUCGCGUGUGGAACGCAUCGAGCCGGGAGGCAGUGAGGGAAGGAGACCUCAGGGUGGAGGUCCAAUAACUUUGGGAGUUUGCAUGGAUGAAGGAUGUGGUGCGACACUGGAGAGGAUGUGCCCACACUUGGUGUGUUUCCCCCCCCGGGCUGUGAUGGCUCCCGGGCUGAAAUUCCACCCGGGGAUGAGAUGCGGGCAGUCCCCAAGCCUGGCAAGCGUGGAGAGACGCAACACGUUCGGUGUGCUCGUGGUGCCGUGCGGGGCUGCAUGUGCUGUCCUCUUUAUAGGUGGCAUUUACCACGGGGAGGGGAGCCAGGCGGGCUGCUAUCGCGUGAUGGAGCCCUCUAACAUCUCCCAAGUAUAAAUCAGGGUAAGGCUCGCCCAGCCGACACCCCUGGAGUUGGUUGGGAACGUCUGCCCAACAAUUGCUGAACUUUCCAGGAGCCCGACAUGAGUCCAGCAGGUAGGGGCUUAGGGAGAGGAGAAGGGCAGGGCAGAAAUACUGAAAUCUGUGUUUCUCUUUCCGUUGCAGUUUUGUAAACACCAACAAAUGAUGAAACCUUCCACGGCAGAGAGGCUUCAUAAAGGAAGGAUGUUGUGGAUAAUUCUUCUAAGCACAAUUGCUCUAGCAUGGACUACACCUAUUCCCUUGAUAGAGGACUCGGAGGAACUGGAUGAGCCCUGCUUUGAUCCAUGUUACUGUGAAGUGAAGGAGAGCCUUUUCCAUAUACAUUGUGACAACAAGGGAUUUAUAAAUAUUAGUCAGAUAACAGAGUCGUGGUCGAGACCUUUUAAACUUUAUCUGCAGAGGAAUUCCAUGAGGAAAUUGUACACCAACAGUUUUCUUCACUUGAACAAUGCUGUAUCUAUUAACCUUGGGAACAAUGCACUGCAGGACAUUCAGACAGGGGCUUUUAACGGGCUUCGAGUUCUGAAGAGGUUGUAUUUGCACGAAAACAAAUUGGACAUUUUCAGGAACGACACUUUCCUGGGUUUGGAAAGUCUGGAAUAUCUGCAGGCAGAUUACAAUGUCAUUAAACGGAUUGAAAGCGGGGCAUUUCGAAACCUAAGUAAAUUGAGGGUCCUUAUCCUAAAUGACAAUCUUAUCCCCAUGCUUCCCACCAAUUUAUUUAAGUCUGUGUCCUUAACCCACUUGGACUUGCGGGGGAACCGCCUCAAAGUCCUUUCGUACCGCGGGAUGUUGGACCACAUUGGCAGGAGCCUGAUGGAGAUCCAGCUGGAGGAGAACCCGUGGAACUGUACGUGCGAGAUCGUGCAGCUCAAGAGCUGGCUGGAGCGCAUCCCCUACACCGCUCUGGUGGGGGACAUCACCUGCGAGACGCCCUUCCACUUCCACGGGAAGGACCUGCGGGAGAUCAAGAGGAGCAAGCUCUGCCCCAUGCUGUCCGACUCCGAGGUGGAAGCCAGCCUGGGCAUCCCUCAGCUGUCCUCCAGCAAGGAGAACGCGUGGCCUACCAAGCCUUCCUCCAUGCUGUCCUCCUUCCAUUUCACCGCUUCCUCUGUUGAGUACAAAACGUCCAACAAGCAGCCCAAGCCCACCAAGCAGCCCCGGGCGCCCCGGCCUCCCCCGACCCCUCGUGGCCUGUACCCUGGGCCCAACCAACCUCCCGUGGCUGCCUACCAGACCCGGCCCCCCAUCCCCAUCAUCUGCCCCACCGGCUGCUCUUGCAGUUUGCACAUCAACGACCUGGGCCUGACGGUCAACUGCAAGGAGCGCGGAUUCCACAACAUCUCCGAGCUCCUGCCCAGGCCCUUGAACGCCAAGAAGCUGUACCUGAGCGGGAAUUUGAUCCAGAAAAUCUACCGCUCCGAUUUCUGGAAUUUUUCCUCCUUGGAUCUCUUACACCUGGGGAACAACCGGAUCUCCUACGUGCAGGACGGGGCAUUCAUCAACCUGCCGAACCUCAAGAGCCUGUACCUGAACGGGAACGACAUCGAGCGGCUCACCCCGGGCAUGUUCCGGGGCCUGCAGAGUUUGCAUUACCUGUACUUCGAGUACAACCUGAUCAGGGAAAUCCAGCCGGCGGCCUUCAGCCUCAUGCCCAACCUGAAGCUCCUCUUCCUCAACGACAACCUGCUCCGCACGCUGCCCACCGACGCCUUCGCCGGCACCUCCCUGGCGCGCCUCAACCUGCGCAACAACCACUUCUUGGCGCUGCCGGUGGCCGGGGUGCUGGAGCACCUGCACGCCAUCGUGCAGAUCGACCUGAAGCUCAACCCCUGGGACUGCACCUGCGACCUGGUGCCGCUCAAGCAGUGGCUGGAGGCGCUCAGCUCCGUCAGCGUGGUGGGCGAGGUGCUGUGCGCCAGCCCCGAGCCGCUGGCCCGCCGCGACCUGCGCUCGCUGGAGCUGGCCGCGCUGUGCCCCGCCGCCCUGCGCCCCGCCGCCGCCGCCGCCGCCUCGCCGCCCGCCGCCGCCCCGCCGCCGCCCGCCGCCACCGGCGCGGCCGCCUACGAGCUGCCCCCGGCCGCCGCGGCCGCGGCCGUGCCGCUCUCCGUGCUCAUCCUCAGCCUCCUCGUCCUCUUCUUCUCCGCCGUGCUGGUGGCCGCCGGGCUCUUCGCCUUCGUGCUGCGCCGCCGCCGGCGGAAGCUGCCGUUCCGCGGCCCGCGGGCGGAGGCGGCGGACCUGGGCGCGGUGCCGCUGCGCUGCCCGCGCCUCUUCCCCGAGGGCGGCGGCGGCGGGGGCGGCGGCGGCGGCGGCCCCGGGGAGCGCUCCCCGGAGAAGGCGCCCCCGGCGGGCCACGUCUACGACUACAUCCCGCACCCGGUGACCCAGAUGUGCAACAACCCCAUCUACAAGCCGCGCGAGGAGGAAGAGGCGGCGGGCGGCGGCGGCGGCGGCGAGGCGGCCGAGCUGCUGCGGGGCGGCGGCGAGCGCGGCUUCGCCCACCCCGCCGCCCCCGCCGCCGCGCCCGAGCCGGGCAGCAGCUACCGCACCUUGCUGGAGAAGGAGCAGGAGUGGAGCCUGGCCGUGUCCAGCUCGCAGCUCAACACCAUCGUGGCCGUGCACCCCCAGCACCCCGCGGGCGGAGGGCUGGCGGCGGGCGCGCUCGGGGCGGCGGCGGCGGCGGCGGCGGGAGCCCCGCGGGACCGCGACCGCCCGCCGCCCUGCGCCGUGGGCUUCGUGGACUGCCUCUACGGCACCGUGCCCAAGCUGAAGGAACUGCACGUCCACCCCCCCGGCAUGCAAUACCCGGACCUGCAGCAGGACGCCCGGCUGAAGGAGACCCUGCUCUUCGCGGCCGGCAAGGGCUUCCCGGACCACCAAACCCCCACAAGCGAAUACCUCGAGUUAAGGGCCAAACUCCAAACCAAGCCGGAUUACCUCGAAGUCCUGGAGAAGACCACGUACCGGUUCUGACCGCCGCCCCGCCGCCCGCCCGGCCCCGCCGCCCGCGAGCAGAGGAUCCAGCUGUGCCCUCUGCCCCGCCAGAUGUGCGCGCUGCGGGGCAGGGCCCUUCUCAGAUCAGUAAUCGACGAAGUGCCUUCGCAGACUUUUGCCAGCAGAUGUUAAUCAAUCAUUAUUUUUUUAUACUGAAACUGAGACUUUGACUGUGCCAUGUCUAAAGGUAUAUUAUUAUUAUUAUAUUAUUAUUAUUAUUAUCGGGGAUCUUUGUAUUGAUCCUGAUUGAGUAAAUUCUAUGUGUGUCUCUUUCUCUCUUUUUUUUCUUUUCCCUUUUCUUUUAUUUUCUUUAUUCUUGUUGUUUGUUUUGUUCGUUGACUCUCUUUUUUUUCUUUUCUUUUUUUUCCUUUUUCCGUUGGCAGUAAACUUCUUGAUAUUUUCCCUUGGAGGGGAGGGGGAGGGAAGAUGGCAUUUUCUGGCCUGCUUUCUUCUUGCCCAUCAUGGCACAGAUUCUGUACAUUUAUUUAAAAGAGAGGAAAAAAAAUAAUAAUAAUGCAAAGAAGCAAACGAGCGCAGUUUGCUGCAUGCCUGGAAACUGCAAGAGGGAAGGGAGGGGAGGGUCUUGCUCGAAUGUCUCACUCUUGUCUCUCUCCCUCCCUCGCACGCACACUCCUCACCCUCACCCUCGCCAGCCCAGCCCCUCCCGGGGGGCUCGGGGGGAACCCCGGGGGCAGUCCCGGGGGCUGGGGAAGCCACCCGGAGCCGAGCAGCCCAAAGGAUGUCACCACGUGGCGCACACACCUAGGGGAUGCUCAGCGACACUUCAUCAUGACGCCAUGGGUUUUUUUUUUGUUGGUUUUUUUUUUUUUUUUUUUGAGGACAUCCGCACUUUCCUAAUAAAAGCGACAUGCAAAUAUACAGAGAGAAAAAAAAAAAAAAAAAAAAAAGGAAAAAAAAACCACCCAAAAGCUAAUGGGCACCUCUCACUAACAGCUUUGUAGGAAGCACUUUUAAUGUUUUCUCUCAUGCACCCAUACACGCACACACGCACACACACACAAAGGUACAACAAUGUGCAUAUAUUUAUUCUGUAAUUUCAAGUGAAUAUAAAUUGUAAAGGUAAUGUUAAAUCAUUGUACAGUGAUGCGUCUGGUAUAGCUUUCCUAAUAAAACGUUUUGAAAAAAAUUGCAGAUAUAUAUAUAUAUAUAUAUAUAUACACACCCCCAAAUAUAUAUAUAUAUAUAGGAAUACAAAGCUUGAACCUGAAACUUCAGCUUCCUCCACAGAGAUUUCCUUCCCCCCAUAACCUUGAACGCUAUUUUAUUAAUAACAGUUCGAUGCACUGUGAUGUUAACAGAGAAAAAAAAAAAAAACCCUGUACAGCGUCUCUUGCCAAGAUACCACCCGAGACUGUCACAAAUCCGAUUUGCGAUCUGUAUCCCUGCCGCACUGUCCUGACAGUUAAAAAUAUCGGGCAAAUUGGGAGCGCAUCCCGCCGGAGCGCUGCUUCCCGGCCUGCUGGAGGCACCGGGAGGCACCGCAGGGAUGCUGGCAGCGGGGUGAGCACUCGGAGAGCUCCCACCCCUCCGGAUUAAACCGCAGCUCCACUUUGCAAUGGGGGGAUGCGAUCUGGGAAAGCAAAGCAUCCAUCCCAGCGCUGCCCUUCUCCCGCUCCCGCUGCAACCGGAGGGAGACCAAAGAGCGUGCGAUUUCCCUGCUCGGGCGGGUCCCGGUUGGUAUCUUGUCCGCGUUGGUGUCUUGUCGCCGGCGGUGUCCCUGUGUCCGGCGGUGUCCCUGUGUCCGGCCGUGUCCCUGUGUCCGGCCGUGUCCCUGUGUCCGGCGCUGUCCCCGCGGUCCCGGGCCGGGCGCGGCCCCUCUUGGCCGCCAGGUGGCGCCCCAGCCCCAGCGCUGAGGGGCGGCGGCGGGGCCGGAGGGCCCGGGCUCGAUUCCUGGAUUGAUCCCGGGAUUGAUCCCAGGAUUGAUCCCGGUCUCGAUCCUGGACUCGAUCCUGGAUUCCAUCCCGGCCUGGAGCAGCUCCCGAGGCCGCUCCCUGUCCCCGUCCGCCCCGCCGAAUGAACCCGCGGGCGCCUUGUCCCGGGGUGGGAAGGGCCGCCAUGGGCAGCCCCCACAGCCCGGCGCCGCCCUGAGGCCUUCAAAGAGCGGGGUCAGCCCAGAAAUACCCAAUGUGUCCAGAGAGCGGGGUUUUUCCAGAAAUACUCAAUUGUAUUCAGAGAUUGGGGUUAAUCCAGAAAUAUCUAAUUGUGUUCAGAGAGUGGGGUUAACCCAGAAAUACCCAAUGUGUCCAGAGAGUGGGGUUGAUCCAGAAAUACCCAAUGUGUCCAGAGAGUGGGGUUGAUCGAGAAAUACUCAAUUGUGUUCAGAGAAUGGGGUUAUUCCAGAAAUACUCAAUUGUGUUCAGAGAGUGGGGUUAAUCCAGAAAUACCCAAUGUGUCCAUCAGCACCAUGUGUCUGGACAGCGGUCAGUGUGGUUUGUCCGGGUGAAUCGAGGUUAUUACCCAAAGGUGCUGCUGGGUUCUGUCACCUCCUGGCAGAGGGUCACAGUGCCAAGGUCACCGUCCCCACCACCUGCUCUUUCCUUGGGGAACAGCUCGGUUUCACCCCGCACAACAGGGGUGUUUUAACAGAGAGAAACCCAUAAAUACUUGCUCUCCCCACAAUGUUGCUUUUUACAGCUCUGGGCAGGAUGCUCAUGGUGAGAUUUACUCUUGGAGAGUCAUUUCCCCAGCCUUGGUAGCAGCUGUGUGUGUCUGGAGAUGGAGGGACAGCUCCAAACCUCUGUAAAGCUGGCAUCACCCUCCAUGCCAUCAGUAAAAAUAUUACACAUUGCAAUUUCCUCUCUUGAGUUGAGAUUGUGUUUCCUCACUGCUGCCUUCAGCUCUGACCCGUUGGGGUUUGCUCAUUUGUUUGUUUUACUGAGUUUUUAAUAGAUAGUGGAAGAGCAUGCACGUGCUAAGAGUAUUAAACAUGCAAGUGCAAAGGCCAGAUCCUUCUUAUCAUAAUUGUAAUAAUUACAUUGAUAAGCCUACAUGCAAGUGAUGCGUGGAGCUGUAUAAAUCAGGUUAAAGUACAAUCCCCAGUGAGAGUGGUGCUGUACACAUUUGGCAAUGUCCUCAAAGCCCCAAGUGUUUAUACUUGUAUCCAAAUAGAGUAAAGCCGGUUGCAAAUAAUGUUUAUAUUUUCAUUAAACUGCAGAAAGGCAAGAGAAUUUCAUCCUUACUAUAGGCAGUAAUCUCGCCCGUGGAUGGUGAGCAGAUCUAUUUAUUCAGUGGAAAUAAAUUUGUUCUAUGAGAAUGGAAUUUUGUAUUAAAAAAAGAUAAUUUUUGGCUUACGUUGAGUUAUUUUUCUUUCCUUGUGUAGGAAACUUCCGUUCCCUUGUGUACUGAGAUGAUUUGGGGGUGAUUUGCUCUGGAAGUGUUGACAGUGUCUAAGUGUGAUGUCUAAAGGGUGUUUUGAUGACUUUUAUUUUGCUUUUUCAUUAUGCUGAGCUGAGGCUGAGUGGGUAGCAGCAUUCCUUUCCCAGGGCAGGAAAAAAAAGUGGAUCCAUCAGCUCUGACCUGCAGUGGGUGACACCUUUGCAUGCUCCAACCCAGGUUCCUCCUAAUUAAUAGGGAGUAUUAAUGAUAAUUCUGUCUUUAUCAGCAGUAGCAUUGGUAGCAUUAAUGCUACUGGGAAGGAAUCAAAUAAAACCAAAUGAUCUGCAGUUGCAUUAGAGCUGUUUGAUGGGAUGCUGUGUGAAAUAAAUAAUUUUUUAGCUGAUUUCAUGGUUGUACAAGUACCUGGUGGCAGCCUGAGCAGCUCAGCCUGUGGUAGUAAAACUUCAGCAAGUGUUUGGUUCAUUCCCUCACUGACCAUUGAAAUUCUUCCUACAGGUGGAAAAGAACAGCAAGGCCAGGUAAGCCCCAGUCCCAGCCAACAGCUGCACACAGGGAAAUGGAAAGGAUGAUCCUGGUGCUCAAUUAUUGGUGCUUUUUGUCUUUUCUGGAUGCUGUCAUUGAUGUCACCAUCACAUUGUAACUUAGGUUAAAAAAUUUGUUUGGAAAUGGUUUCAUGGGUCAUUUGAGUGUAUCAACGGCGAUAGAAAGAUGUCAAAUGUUAUGGUACGAGUGAUAAUGUGAAUUUUGGAAAGCCUGUUGCCUACUGCUGUGCUUAGAGUGUUAUUGGAGAGUGAGAAUCUCAUUUCUUAGGAGCUUCAGUGAGCAUGAGUUAAGCUGUGGCAGCUCCAGAUUUUGUCAGAGACCUUUCCAGACAAAACCACCUUUGAGUGUGGCAGCACAGCUGGUUUUAAGUUAGAGAUAUGUGGGUUUGUCCAAGUUGUUCUCUGAGAACCAUGAAAGGGGGGGAAAGGUCUCUCCAAAAUGUGAGGCUGUUCUCCUGAAGCUCUUGGGUGUGCCAGCAGCACUUGAUGAUUUCUGUGCUGCCUCCACUCCCUUCAGGUACCCAUUUCACGUGAAGAUGUCAUGGCUGGGGUUGAGGUUUAACAGAGAUGUUAACAGAGAUGUUCACGUGAAGAGCAGCAAGUAGAAUUUGGCCCUGAGUGUGGGAGUUCCUUGCUCAGCACAUUGCUUUACCACGGGCUCGACUCCUGGCAGAGCUCCAGCUGCCCCAGGGUGAACUUGUUCCAGGAUUGCCCUUCUUCCAAAUGCACUUGCUUUUACAACGUGGAUUUAUGGACCCUGGGAAAUCAGGCUGCUCUGUGCUGCAUGUUCCUAUGUUUUGAGUUUUUCCAAGGCUUGGUUUUCAAUCUGUAGCUGAGGUUCUCAGUGAAUUUAUGUAUGUAUGUAUGUAUUUAUGUGUACACAAUUAUGUAUUUGUGUGUACAGAAUUAUGUCUUUAUGUUGUACCCAGUACAACACAGUUUUUCUCCAUGGAAGAAAUGCAAAAUGACCCAGGAUGUAGCUCACAACACAGCUCUUUGUACACAAAUUCCUAUUUUUUAAUUCUGGUGUGAGUGGAAAUACUUUUUUUUCCCCCCCCAGUUCUUGAAAUAUUUCUGGUUUGAUUGGGCAGUGGAAGAAUUGGAAUGUGCUUGGAACAAACCCUUGAGUGGUAAUGGAGGGGAGGCCCAGUUCUGCUCCCUUGAAGCCAAUGUUGAGACACCACAUUAUGCUCAGUUUUAGUCAACAGACUUGAAUGAAGAGCAAAAUCUGAUCUCAGAAAAUUACAACAUCUAUUAAGUGGAUUCAAGUAUUUUGAGACAAGUACUGCAUGGGACUGUUUCAGAAUAAAAUGAGUAAUGGUACAGGGAAAAUGGGUUUGCCAUAAAUUCUGUGAUUCUCUGAUUGACCCCACUCACAAAUUAACCAAACAAUCUUUAAGGCUUUUGAUUUUAAAGACAAAUUUGUUUAGCUCCAAUGUCAACAGUGACCAACUAGCCAAGAAGAUUACUAAUGUAACAAGUGCAAAUUAUUUGGAAAUACUUUAUUACUAUUAUCUUUUUUCUUUGAGAGCAAGGAUAUGGAGGUCCCCUCCAACCAAGGGCAUUCUGUGUUUCUGUGAUUGACAGGCUCUGACAGCUGUGUUUCCUACAAUUCCUUUAAAAUGUCUUUUCCUUGAUCCUUAGGGUUUCCCAGUUGUAAAAUUCUGUCAUUAUCUCAUGUUUGUUCAGGUUGUUGGGGCAGUUUGGCAGAUUUCUAUAGACCAUAGACUGUGCUCAGAGAGCAAAGCACAGAGUUCCCCAGGAGGCUGCUGGGGUGACACCUGUAGGUUAUUUUUGAUCCCUGUGGAAGCAUUUGGAAACACCUCCCUGUUGGUGGCAUUGUCUCUGUAAAUUGGUCAGUUUUGUGGUGUUAUCAGGAUGGUGUCAGAUGGAUAAUUUUUGUGGGAAAAUGAGAGGAAAAGGCUCAAAGAGCAGAGCUGUAGGAAGGCUCUGUCCCACAUUUGUGCUGGGUGGUCUCUGCAGGGUGGGUGCUGCAUCAAUCCUGAUAUUUUUGAAGGUUAAGGAUGUUGAUCUGGAGUGUGGGGUUAUUCUUAGGCAUUAUUCAGAGGUGUGGACAUGCAAGACUCAGCUGUUGGGUGCCUUAAAAAGAACAGAUACUAACAGAGGGCAGAGCGAAUACAAAAUAUUCCUAACCAAGUCCUACAUCCUAUCCUCAAUCUUUAACGUCCAUUUACUUUUCCUAAUGUCUUUAUUUUCCCACUAGAAUUUUCUAAAUCUCUCAAGAAUAUCCUGUACAUUCUGUGAAUCCUGAAGAGAUAUUUCAGGUUAGCCAAGGAGUGACUCUCUCUGUACUUGGGGAUUCCAACCAAUGCCACUGCCUGUGGAGGAAUAUCCUGCCCAUGGCAUGUGGCACAGCAAUUUGGCUUGUCCUUGGAGCACGGUGCCAGGGAGGGAGGUUCUCUGCACUGAUCAGGUUCUGCAGUAGGGCGUGAAUGAUUCCAAGCAGGAAUUCCUGAAUUGUGGUAAAUCACUUUUGGAAUGGCAAAGACUUCAUUUGUGCUGCUGCCUCUGGUGGCUCUGCCGUCCCUGCUGGUGGUGGUGGCACCCAGCACCAUUCCUGAGGAGGGACUCCUGUGACAGUAACUCUAAAAACCUAAAAACCAAAAGAAAAAGCUGAAGAAAGAUUUGGGACUUUUUAUCAUGCAGGGACCUUAUCUGAAUUUAAUCACAUUUCCCAAAUAUUACAGUGGCAUUAAUAUACUGCUUAUGGGGGUUAUAUGCAUUUUUGUCUUGCUUUUUUUGCUUUUCCACAGACAGUAGGUGGAUUACACCUUAAAGAAUUACAGGAAUGUAUUUUUUGGUCAUUUUUUCAGGCUGUACUUGUUUAAGACUAAGUCAGUCCCAACAGUAACUGUCCUAAACUGAGUUUUAUAGAAAGAUACAUAAACCUUUGGGUUUGUACAUGGUCUCUAAAUUAUUUCAUGUGUUUAAAUACAUAUAUAAAAUGUCCGUUAUCUGAAUAACCCUUGAACCAGAGUCCAUCUUUGAACUUUGGAGGCUUUUGCUUUGCAAAUGAAAGUUAAUUAUUGUUGGGUUAAUUAAUGUUUGGGUUUGUGCGGGUUUUUCUGUUCUGUGAUUGUUCAGUUUGAUUUUAUCACUGGUACAACCGGAGACAGGGAAACAUUGCAGUGUGAAAAUUCUCAUGAUAGGACUUUCAUUCUUGUGCUUCUUUUCUUUGGAGAGUGAGGGAGCUGUGCUCCAAAGGGAGUAGGAAUUGCCACUCAGAGCUGAAAUGUCUUCACUCUGCUGUGUCCUGGGAGUGCCCAGCACUGUCUGACUCAAAGGGAGGUGCCAGAAAUCCCCAUUACUGAGAUUUCAGGGUUGGAUGGGACCAGCCAAGCUGCUCCACCUGUGAUAGCCAGUCCUUGAGUCCGGCACCACUGGAGCCACCAUCCCCAUGUGUGCCUGGGAGCACUGAGAAAAUCCAUGUUGUGCUGCUUUGGUGAAAAAUGAGCUUUACAAAAAUUAGGCAUUGGUAAUGGAUGCUGCUUAGUUAAGCUUUUCUGUCUUUUUUUAGGGAACACAUCCAGGUUUCUCUGGUGCUGUUAAACUGCCAUGCAAGGGCAGGACUGAUCAGCUGUCCCCAAAGCAUUCCUGGAAUAAGUCUCUACUUAAAUGCAUUCUUUAUAAUCAGAGAGACAUUUCUUGUGGCAUCACUUCUGUUAUGUUUUCUUGCAGUGACCCAAAAACCUGGCUGCUUUGGAAAGUGGAUAGUAUUGGCAAGCAAAGAAAUAUGGCAAGUAAAAAGUCUUUUUUAGAUCCAGUUGAUGUCAGUGUUUUCUUCAACAAAAGGGCAAGUCCCAGCCCUGAGGGGUCCUGAGGAGGAGUCAAGGCACUGAUUAAGGCAGAGAGUAAUUGUUCAGUCCGUGCUUAAUUGUCCUCUUCAGUUUUAAACCAGUGAAGAAUUGUGGAUGGAUGUAAUUUAUGUAGAUAAAUAUACACAUAUGUGUAUAUAUAUAUAUAUAUAUAUAUGUAUUCCUGCUAGUAGUGGGGGCUGUGACACUGCAGCCAGGGAGGCUGAUGGAAGGAAUGGCAAUGGCUAAGCUGUGACAAGUGGGAAUUUUGCCAAGGCUGACAGUGAGAACAGCACCUGAAAGUCAAGUGCCUCUCUCUGGCUUCCAGACAGCCAAUAACUACAUGUAACUCUUGCUGCAAACCCUUGUUUUAGAGCAGGUAACAAAUAGCUCCCAGACCUUAUUUUUCCUGCCUUUAGCCCAAGCUCUCACCAGCCUGCAGGCCGCUGGCAUUCCCAGAAUUGCUUUUCUUACCUGUCUGCAUGCACAGAUCCUCCUUGGGCUGAGGACACACACCCUGAGCCCUCUGUUUGUGCCUGGAGUGGAGACCAAGUGAAAACACAGUUCUCUCUGUUGGGUUUUUCUGUAGAGUGGUGUUUUGCACCUCGAGACUUCCCUCUGCCCCGCCUGGAGCGCCCUCAGCUUGCUGGCAGCCGGGCCGGGUUGGCCGUGGUGGUGUCACAGGCCUUUGCCAACCAGAGCCAACCAGAUCUGUGCAAGCCUUCAGAGCACAAAGCCCUGAUCAGAAGGAUCCCUAACAGGUAUGCAUCAGGGAGAAGGAGGAGAUGCUCCCAAAAUUAGUUGCUGUCAGCUCCAAGCAGGAGCGAGUGCCUCGCGUGUCACGGAAACGCUGAGUGUGUGCUGUAUAUACUGUGUGUAAAUCUGAGUAUGUACCUAUAAUUACGCUAGUGAAGUGUAAAAUUCAAUCUUUGCAAACUUCUGGGAGAUUCAGGAAUGUGGCUUGCUUUGGACUGUAAUUAAAAAUAUGGGCAUUUUGGUUAAAAAUAGCUCCUUUCCGGCCUACAUUCCCGAUGUAGGUCAGUGGAGGCAUUUUUCAGACAUAUUAGCAUUUUGGACACUUAAUCUUAGCAGCAUAUUGCAUCUCCUAGAAUAGGUUAGGAGAGGCAAGGCAGGAGGAAUUGCUGCAUCUCGAGUCACCCAGAGAGGUUGCCAAGUUUCUCAGGCACCAGAGAGGCAGAAUAAUGAGGAUUAUAUUUAAUUCGGGCUGGAGAGACAACCGUGGGGUGUUGAGCAGAGGCAGCUCAGAUCAUCUUGGCUCUGUGGGGGAGGGAGAAUUUAUAACUCUAGCUGGCUCCAAAGCAAGCUGUGUGUGAAUUUGCGUGUGUAUAUAUAUUUAUAUAUAUGUAUAUACAAAUCUGGAUGUGUAUAUAACACCCUGUGUAUAUAUGUAUGUAUGUAUGUAUAUGCCUCCAGUGUACAAAAUGUGUAUCUAUAGAAAUGUAUACAUUUAUAUGAAUUUCUAUUUCUCUAUAUAAAUAGUCAUGCAACUAGGGGAAAUCACAUUUCCACGGCGUGUCCUUUUCUGUAACACCCCCCCCCCCCAAAAAAAAGCUGCUUCCAUUAAUGUCACAUUGGCACAAAUGACUUAAAUUUUCUUUUCUGUUUUGAAAGGAGUGGUGCUUAGUGGCUGAGCACAAGCCUGGAAGGUUUUUGCUCUUCCAGAGGACUUCCAGUAAAUCAUGAGCUGCUCCAGAGCUGUUCCACAUUUGUGAAAUAAAGUGGCGGCCAAAAUGACUCAGGGCUGGUUUUACAGGCAAAGGAAAAGGGUUGUUGAGUGUGCAUUGGAAACCUCUGCUAUGCUCUCAGAGUUCUGAUGGUGAAAUAUCUGCACUGCUAAUUACUCUGGUUGCAGUUAAUUUCCCAGCAAUUGGCUUGAACAGGGGGAAAAAAAAUUUUCCUGCUCUGAAGUAAGUUAUCUGAAGUCUGAUUAUGUUGCCUCAGUGAUGUAUGGAUUUCCAUUUAGGGUCAGGAUGUUGGGCUGUAAAUCAAGAAUCUGAGCUCAGUGAACAUCUAGUUUGGGAUGUGUCUUUUCUGUUCUAAUUGAUUUUAAAUAAUUUCAAUUCAUCAUCAGAACAAGCUAUACCUUAAUUCAUGAUAAGCUCAAAGAAUUUCUCAUUCAUAUCAGGGUGAAUUUUGCACUUGACUUCGGUGGGGUUGAACGAGGUCGGAGCGUUUCAUUCAGCACUGGCAUAAAAACAAUCUUGUACUUGUGCAACUAUUAAUUCAAAUUGUAAUUUUGUAAUAAAAGCAGCCUAAAAAUGA